GUUGUUGGCUUCUCCUCUUCCAUAGUCUUUGUUUGAGCUUCAUCUAGUAAACAAUGAUGUGUUAAAAUUAACGCACUAAUUUUGAAUAUUGUAGUAGGAAUUAUACUGCAAAUUGAGAUUUACUUGUUUUGUAGGCACGACUCUUCAACAUGCCUUUCGAAAAUCUGGAAGAGGAGGGACUCGAAAAGAAUCCAAACCUAAAAAUCGCACACUUGAAAUUUUUGUUGAGUCUUCCUGAACACCAAUCUGAUGCUACAUAUAUAGCACAGCUGAAAGAUGCGAUAAUUGCAGACAAUAUGGCACCUUUUUAUGAAGAAGUUUGCCGUGACUUACUAUGGGAAGUAGAUCAACAACUAUUGCAGAAGAUGAAGACAGUGAAUGAAUCAAAACUAAAAGCGCUUGAUGAUGUCAUUGAAGAUGCAGAAAAAAACCUUGGUGAAAUGGAAGUUCGAGAAGCCAAUCUGAAGAAAUCAGAAUAUUUAUGUCGCAUUGGUGACAAAGAAGGUGCUUUAUCAGCAUUUAGAAAAACCUAUGAUAAAACUGUAUCCUUGGGGCAUCGUUUGGAUAUAAUAUUUCAUCUGAUUAGAAUUGGCCUGUUUUAUUUGGAUCAUGACCUUAUCACAAAAAAUAUUGAGAAAGCAAAAAGCUUGAUAGAAGAAGGUGGUGAUUGGGAUAGGAGAAAUCGCUUAAAAGUUUACCAAGGAACAUAUUGCAUUGUUGUCAGAGAAUUCAAAAAUGCAGCCCAUUUUUUCCUGGAUACAAUUUCUACGUUUACUUCUUAUGAAUUAAUGGAUUACAACACUUUUGUGAGAUAUGCUGUUUACAUCAGUAUGAUUUCUCUUCCAAGGAAUGAGUUAAGAGACAAGAUAAUCAAAGGCUCAGAAAUUUUAGAAGUUCUUCACAACAAUCCUGAUGUCAAGUCAUUUUUGUCUUCGCUUUAUGACUGCCAAUAUGCAUUGUUCUUCAAGAAUUUAGCACGUGUUGAAGAAUUAAUGAGGCAAGAUUUUUUCCUGUCCCCGCACUAUCGAUUCUACGUAAGAGAAAUGAGGAUCAUGGCAUACACCCAACUACUGGAAUCUUACCGAAGUUUAACGUUACAGUAUAUGGCUGAAGCAUUUGGUGUUACAGUUGACUACAUUGACCAGGAACUCUCCCGUUUCAUUUCGGCAGGGCGUUUGCACUGCAAGGUGGAUAAAGUUGGUGGUAUUGUAGAAACAAAUCGACCUGAUGCAAAGAAUUGGCAGUACCAAGCUACCAUAAAACAUGGAGACAUUUUGUUGAAUAGAGUACAGAAGCUUUCAAGAGUAAUAAAUAUAUAAUUCUGAAAAAUUUGCCUAGCGACAAUCUGUGCUGAUUUCAAUUUUUUUUUUAAUUUAAUGGUUCUUUUGUUAACAAUUGGUAACAUUUUAAGAAAAUUAUAAUUUUCAUGGGCAGUAACUUAAUGGAGUGUGUUCUUAAUUUUAUUAACAUUAUAAAAACAAAAUAUCUUGGAUAGUUAUUGCAUGUCUGCUUGGUUAUGGAGAUGGAGAAUAUUUGAAUGUAUUUAUUUAAAUUCUUAAAGAAGAAUGUCAGUACUGGGAUGACAAGAAAACAAGAUAUUACACAUAAAAUACACUUGUUUGUUUAUUUUCGAUCAAUAUUAAUUAGUAGAGGCUUUGAAAUUUUGAUUAUUAGGUCUGAAUUUAGGGUAGUGUGUGGGGGCGUGUGCAUGUAUGUAGGUAUGUGGAUGUGUGCAUGAUCGUGCUUUUGUGUGCAUGUGCAUGCAUGUGUGUGCAUACAUGAGUCUGCAUGUACACAUGUGUGCAUGCAUGUGCGUGCAUGUGUAUAUAUGUAUGACUAUUCCCUAAAAGUGAUUGAGAGUUAUAUGUCCAUGUAAAUUGUGUUUUAAAAUAGUUUUAUUUUAAAAUAUUAAAAACUACUGUAUAUAAAAUGAAACAUUGACUAGUGUUACAUACUACAAGGUUGGUAACACCAUUUCUCUUCACUAAUAAAAUGUCUUUUCACACAAUGAAUUCUUCAACAUUAAACUGUAAUUUAUUUGGAUUUAAGAAUUAUAAAUUUUACCUGAAUAAACAGAUAUGGUCUUCUUGACCAGAUACCCUUAGGUUCUGUGUGUGGAAAUCUGUUUUUUUGUAUCAACGAUCUGACUACAUCCUACGUGUAUUAAAAUUAAAAAAUUUUUUUGUAAACACCUUUUGUUAAAGUUUUUUUUUUUUUUAUAAUUUGAAUUAAAAUUUCAAUACAGAUGUUUUGGAGUUUAUACUCCUUAAUGAUUCACGUUUAGGCAAAAACAGUAAUAUCAUAUAUAAUUUGCAUACAUAGGGAUCUCGUAAAAACGUGUUGAGGCCAAUAAUGCCUCUCUUUGUAUGUAGAUAUUGAUUUAUGCAGGAUGGGUGUAUGUCUGUGUAUUUUAUAAAAUACAUAGUCAUCUAUCUCAUCAUUACCAUCAAUUUAAAAAGAACUAUGUGAGUUUUACUAAACAUGCUCAACACUUUAGACCAACUUGUGUCCAUAGUGAUAAGAGUAAAAAAGUAUUUAGCUCAUUUUGCUUUGUGUGGAUGUUUGUUUUGUUAUUUAUAAGCACUUUUUUCAGUCUGGUGUAUUUGUUCAUAUAGCCUGUUCAAAGGAAUUUUUUCUAGGCAAGGGUUUUUUCAGGUAGUAGGAUUGAACCACAGUUACUUACAGCAAUAAGUGAAAAGAGAAUUAUAUCUCUCCAUGGUUAUUUAAAUUUCCCUAUUUGAUGAUAUUUUAUAGCUUAUAAUAUUUUUUUAAACUUUGAGAUGACUUUAGUAUAGUACAAAUGAUUCUUAAAGUAUCUGCUGUAAGACAUAUCUCAAUUUAAGUUACUUAAUUCCAGCAAAGUGAUAUCUGUGUGAAACAUUGAUAUAAAUUAUAUGAAUUCUAGCAAAACAAAAUCAUAUGUAAUACAUUUCUAUAUUACAUUGGUGUAUAAUGUCAAAACAAAUUAUUUAUUUAUUUAUUUAUGUAUUAAUUUGUUACAUUUUCACUUACUGCAGAGCUCUACAUAAAUUUCUCACAAACAUCUAUUAGCAUAAUAUUAAAGUACAUACAUAACUAUUGUAUUAUAUUGAAAAAUACUGUUGAAAUAAAAAUUAUACAUUUUGCUAUAGGUUAUGGGAUGAUUGUUGUUGCAUGCAUGUAUUACUGUUAUUUUUAUAAAGACACUUGAAAGUAAUUUACUUGAAAAAACAUUUCUGUCCUGCAAAAGCCAAUCCAAAUCCAGAAGUAUCUAAUUGAAGGUUAAUUGAUUUUUUAACAUUUUUAAAGUAGUAAUUUAGUUUAAAGCAAAAUAAAUUUUUUAAAACAUUAAUGUUUUAUUACAACAUUCAUUUCAUUCUCUUGAAAACAGUAAAAAAAAAAAAAAAAAAAAAAAAAAGGUCUGUAAUGGUGCAUGUCCCUGCCCUCCCUAGCUUUUACAAGUAUUCGUAAAAUAUAUAUAUUUUGUCGUUCCAGAAGGGAUCAGCUAUGGUUGUGUAAGUUCAAGGUUACAGUGACCUAGUUUUGUAUUUAUAUUUUAUAAUUGGUAAUAUACUUGAAAUUCCAUUUUGAUAUUUAAUUGUUUUAUGUAGAAAAACCGUUCAACUAUGUUUUUACUAUCACUUGGUUGGCUGGGUGACUGUUUAUGUAAGUGCGGAUUUUAAUAUGUAAUUUUCUUAUAUUGCCUCUUUUAAAAUAUAAAUUUGAUUGCUUAUGUGGUUCAUAGUGUGAUAGUGAAAUAUUUGGAUCAUGGGAAAAUGGGUCUGGUAAAAGAAAGAAAAAUGUGACGACACUGCAGAGUCGAUAAACAAUAAUUUAUGGCAUCCUGUGUAAGCGAGAGACAGAUGUUUGCCAGGACUGGGGAACCCCCGAAUUUUGUAUUAGAUUAGAAAGAGACAGAGGCGUGAGAGGAGACAUGUGACAGAACUGGGAGAAGGCCCGCUGAGCAGGGAAUCACUAAAUAGUAAUGGUAAGAAGAGUUGUAGCCAAUAGCAGGGCAGCUUUUCAGGGAAGUCCCCACCUAAGUAACUUUGUCUGUAAGCUGUGUAAUGUACUUUUUUUAAUAAGUUGUGUGAGGGCUGGGCCAAAUGGUCGUGCCGUUUCAGCGACUCGGCGAUUGUAUCGUCUUGGUAAGAAUAAAUCGUGAAAUUAA